AUCUCCUAACCGCUCCCCGUCUCAAGAGCGAUGGGUAUUGUAGUCUAAUGAGCUGAUGGCAAUAAUGGAUUAUAUGAUUUCUCACACAUACGUGUUCUCCAAGGCCUCCAUCUCCACAGGGUGUUGUGAUGUUGACGGCAAUGUUGUGAUUACUGACAGGGUUGGCAACCAAUCUUCUCUCUCUAGUACCGGAGGGAGAAACAGGCUGGUGAUGAGAUCGGGGUGUAAUCAUUAGUCCAAAUUAGUGCAAGUAAAACGACAGGUUCUAUUGGACAAAUUCAGGUUGUUCACAGUGCACACCACUGAACAGCUCCAGCUUUAGAACAAUGAACCAUUUGUUUGGAUGGACGUUAAUGCUGCUGUAUUUCGACACUGAUGGUUGUUCACAGUGCACACCACUGAACAGCUCCAGCUUUAGAACAAUGAACCAUUUGUUUGGAUGGACGUUAAUGCUGCUGUAUUUCGACACUGAUGUACUCUGUGUUUCCCAACCAACAGUCCAGUCUGAGACUCAGCGGGUGAAUGGCAUCGUGGGACAGUCGUUCUCUUUUCCAGAGAGGGUGAUCAAGUCUGCCAAUUUACUUUACGGAGAACUUGGCAGUAUUGCAAAUGUGUACCCUGGUAAAGAAGGCAAAAUCACCCUCGGGAAGAGAUUUGAAAAUCGUAUCAACUUGAACAGUGAUACAAGAUACUUCACUCUGUCAGACCUUAAGAUAGACGAUGCUGGGGUUUAUACUGUGGAGAAUACAGAUGAAGGGGAAAAAAACAAAUUUGAGCUCACUGUAUACAAUUUUGUUUCCAAACCUCAGGUGACAGAGUGUGACAGCAGCUCCUGUAGUGUGGUGUGUUGUGUGCACAACGAAAAAGAGGUGACCUUGACCUUGUACAGGGGAGAGGAAUUACUAAACCAGACCAGCAGUCCUGAUCUCACCAAAGAUCUAUCUCUCCGUUUGGAGGUAGAGGGAAAGGACUACAACUCCACUUACAGCUGUGUGGCUUUUAACCCUAUCAGUAAUGAGACAGUUCCUAUCCCAAAAUGUUGCAGCAAAGAUGGUCAUCCUAAUGAUGCAGACAGUGAUGAGAGGGGUCGGGGUAUUCUUAUUAUUGCUGUAAUCUGCGUUUUGGUUGCCUUGGGGCUGGUUGGACUUGCAAUCUAUCUAAAGAAGAGUAGAAAUGGACAACCAAAAGAUUCAUCUCAAAAAGUCCAAGUUGACAUUGUGUAUGCAACGAUAACUCCUAAAAAACAAGCAGAUAAUCAGGAGGAGCGAACAGGUGUACCAGAACUGGAUUCACUUAGAGACAAACCAAAACUGACAUCAGUUUAUGAUACACUCCAAUCACAUCGUAUGGCUGCCAGCGGGGAUGUUGACACAGCAUGAAGAAGCAAAGCGGGAAGUCACUGAGAAACCGACAUGAUAAUUCACAUCCUGGAGAGGACGGCAUAUCAUGAAGAGGAUGUUGAAACAAAAUGAAAGUAAAAAAAUAUUCACCCAGAAAACCUUUUAGAGACACAGUUGUUGAGAAACUUCCCCUGAAACUUUUGAGCUGAUGUUAUAAUUUCAGGCUUUCUUUGUAGGUCAUUCUCACAGACCUUCUGUCAAACAGGGGUCUUGAAGACAUCCACUGGUACGGACCAAUUCCAUAACUAUGCAUUGAGUUAGUAGCAGGAUCUGUAUAAUCACUCUUUUCAAGUGCCUUUUGUCCCAAAUCCCAAUUUAUAGGUUCAAACAAAUGGAACUUAUAUUUUAAUCCAAUUCCCUAGUGUGUUUGCUAUGCUACUGCUGGGCCAAAGCUUAUUUUAAGUACUGACUGUUCUGUUGUUUAAAUGUAGGUCCCUCCCCGUAUCGAUUUAUAGCUAGUUAUUGUUUAGCUUGCCAGAGGAUAGCAGCUGUGUACAUAUUGUAAAAAGAGCAGGCGUUUGAGAUAAAGCCACCUACUCCUUAGAAGCAAUGGCUGUUAGGCUACUUUAGAAAAACAAAAGGUCCAUAGAUGUAUUUUUUCCUUUCACCCUGUACGUUGUAUUGAAACAUUUCUGAGGGUUGAUCUUGAUUUGCCGUUUGAUCUUCAGUGACAUUUUCCUCUUCUUAGCGUUUUUCACAAAAUGUAGGUCUGGGCUGAAUUGUAACUCUUAAUUAGCUCAUUUUGUUUAUUAUGAUGGACCAUCUAUUGGUUAUCCCUAUCUAUGUGUUUAAAAAAUAUAUAUUUAACCUUUA